AUUAUUAUUAUUAAUAUUGCAAUGUAAUACUCAUCUAAUCGAAUCGAAUUUAACAACAACAACGACUUUGUCAACAACGACGAUGAUGACUGAUUCAAACAUUACCAACAACAACAUUACGAAUAAACGACAACAGCCAAUAUCAUCUCCAUCACCACAACCAUCAUAUACGUUAAAUGAUUAUAAUCAGGCAAUCAAACAACAUGCAUUCAAUAGUCCUCAUUUAUUUUGUGGUGAUCCACCUUUAGUACCGAAUGCACAAUCUAAUCUUCAUCGACAUCAAAAACAUUUUGUUUUUCCCAUUGGACAAGAAGCUAAUUAUGAAUGUGAACAAGGUUUUCGACCGAUUGAUGGUCAAUCGCAAACUCGUUGUAUAUUGGAUGGUAUACAUCCAUCCAGUAUUGGUCAUAUUUUAUUUCCCGAUAUUCAUCAUCAUUCUGUUGAUACUGAUAAUGAUUCAAAUUCACCAAACAUACGAUUAGGUUCGAAUAGAUCAAAAAAUAGCAAACGUCUCAACGAUGGUGAUGAUGAUGAAAAUGAACAUGAUUUGAAUUCAGCAACAAAUGAUAAAUCAAGAUUUUUGGAUGGUGAUUUUUUUGUUGGUGAUAAACGUAAAAUGAGCCGAAAAAAUGAUGCAAAUGAUGAUGAUCUGGAUGAUCUGGAUAGUAGUAAUAAACAUCCUAAACAGCAUGCACAUUGGUCACCAUUGGUUACAUUGAAUUGCCAACCGGUGAAUUGCAGCCAGCCAUUAGAGAUUCCAAAUGCUAAAAUGAUCUUUAAUAAAAGUUCCACAUCAGCAAAUUUUUCAUUCAAUUCAAAUGUACAUUAUGUAUGUGAUGAAGGAUAUGAGACAAUUGGCUUUCCUGUUCUUACUUGUCGGGCUGAUGGCCAAUGGAAUAGACAGCCACCUGAAUGUCGACUGAAACAAUGUCCACAAUUGCCUGAAUUAAAAAAUGGACGAAUUUCUUAUUCCGAUGCCGAACGAAGAAUUCAUUCACGUGCUGAUUAUUUAUGUAAUCAUGGUUAUCGUUUGAAUGCUAUUUCAAAUACUAGAAUUUGUGGUUCAAACGAUCGUUGGAGUCCAUUGGAACAAUAUUUUAAAGCGACUAUCGGUAGCAAUUCUACUCAAAAUGUUGCUAUUCAAAAUAAUUCAACAAAUGAAAUAUAUGAAUGUAUAGCUGUUACUUGUCCAACGCCUGUACGACCACAUAAUGGCCUAAGAAUCGUUGAUGUAAAUCGUAAACAACGAAUGAAUCGAAAUUUUUUCAUACCUGGUGAUAUAAUCAUCUUUAGUUGCAUGUCAAAUCGUUUAAAAUUAACGGCAAAAUGUCGUGAUGAUGGUGAAUGGUCACAAAGAAUGCCACAUUGUCCAAUGAAUGAAUUUUCAACACUUAAAUGUGCACCGAUUACAACAUUUUCACAUGGAACGGUGAAAAUUGUCAAUCAAACACGUGCAUUAUUCAGUUGCAAUGAUGGAUAUGAAUUGGAUGGUGCAACAACAAUUAAUUGUAAUAUAAAUGGAGCAUGGAGCGGUCCAUUACCACGUUGUGUUGUACGAAUGAUCAUAUCGACUGAUAAUCAUCAAUCCAUAUUAGAUUCAUCAAAUAAUCAUCAACAUUUAUCUGAAUCAAGCCAUAAAGAUUUGGAUAAUGAAGAAAGAUCGAUCUCAAAUACAUUGCUAAUAUUAUUGAUAAUUAUUUUCAUCUUAUUAUUCAUUAUUAUUAGUAUUGGUAUGGUUGCAUUUUGUCGUUGGCGACAACGACGUAUGAAUAGUAAAGUUUGGCAAAGAUAUUUUGGCCACUAUUAUCAUCGACAAAGUAAAACAAAUAUAAUGUUAUCAACACAUUUUGGUAGUAAUUAUCAUCACCAUCAUUCUAAUCAUCCACAUCAUCAGUUAAAUGGUGGAUCAUCAGCAUCGACAACAUCAACUAAUAAUGGUGGUGGUGGUGAUCCAGUCACUAUUGCGCUAAGUUCGAAUGUUGGUGGUGAUGGACCAUCAUCAAAUGCAAGAUUAUUAAAACGUGGUAAUAAUCGUUCAAAAUCAACAUAUUCCAAAACAAGCAGCAUCGGUACUGGUAAUGGAAUUUUACAAUCAUCAUUUUCAUCGGCCGAUGAAACAACUGCUGAUCUAAAAUCAACAGCUGAAACAAUUAUAUCAGAACGUGCACGUACUAUAUCAACAUAUGUUGCCGAUGAUACUUGUGCUGAAGAUGAUGAAUAUGAUGAUGAUGAUGAUUGUGGUGAUUGUGAUGAUGAUAUUAUUAAUGAUUAUUCACCAACAUCCAUUUAUAGAUCUACAACAUUUCCAUUAUCAUCAACAAUCGUACAACAACAUUCAUUACCAUUAGAUAUUCUUGGUGGUGGCAAAUCGAUUGAUAUUAAUAUUGCAAAACGAACAUUAAGUUCGGAUAAUAAUAGUCAUCAAAUAAUUAGUCAAAAGAAUGCAUUUGAUCCAAUAUUGUCUAAUGAUUUAUUCGAUACAACAACAACAACUAGAAAUCAAUCAAAUGGUGGCAUUCCUGUAACUGAUUUAUAAAUGAUUUUUAUUAAGUUUUUUACAACCAUCAACCACUUAUGGGCAGCAUUUGUGUUUUGUACAAAAACUAAAACGUGAUUUUUUUUCGCAGCUUCUUAAUCGUUCUU